CUUGGCUGUUGUUGGUGGACGGUCAGAGCCGAGUGUUAAGCUAAGCUGUAAACGUGUAAUAAUAUCGGUUCGAGUGCGCUGGAACGUUUACAGCUGUUGUUUUUCAAAGUUUCAGAGCUGGAGGUCGUGAGUCAGAUUACCGUUAGCGUGUUAGCGAACCUACGUUAGCGAAACAUUUUCACAAGCCGCAUUCGUUACGGUGCAGUUUUUCAAGCAAGGUGUUUUUUCUGGCGUGGGGUGAGGAGUGGUCGAUAAACUGAAUUGUGGAGUUUUCUUUAGUGUGGGGGAGUGUGUUAUUUGAGUCAAAUAAACGAUUAAACCGGGUAGGUAGCUAACGCUAAAUAAUAAUGUUCCCAGUAAAACGAAAGUGACGGCUGUUUGUGUUGGAUAGCUAGCUAGCUAGUUAGGUAGCUAACAUCUAUCCAGGUAGUAGUAACGUGCUUAGUUGCGUAAGUUAACACGAAGAGGUAUUUUUGUUAUGUGGUUGUUUUUAUAGUUCAGGGAAGGACUUGACGAAUAAAAAAUUACGUUUUUGUUUGUUGUCUGGUUUUAUAGUAAUAAUAAUGCAUACCAUUCAGUAGUUUGGCUAUGCCAGAGACCGCAACGUCAGACCGGGAAGUAGUAACUACUUAGCUAAGCUAGCUGGACUAGUUUUUGCAAACACGUGUAGUGGGUGGUGUUGUGGUGGAGCGCAAGCUAGCAUCGUUGUAACUGUAGCCUUAAUUUUAUGUGCUUUUGUUUGUUUCGUAAUUACAUUACUAUGUUAUGUAUUUAUGAAAGCAAGAUUUGAGUGAGUAGUGAAGUUAUUUGAGUCACUGGAGGAAUAAGCCAUGUGUAACUUUAAUUGCUAAUACCUUGUUUGACCGCUUCGAAUUUACGCCUUAUUGCCGUUCGCACAUCUCGCUUCGUGUCAAAUCGAAAAACCUUUUCUUCUGAUCAAUAGACGAUGGAUCCAGGACAAGAUCUGCUUCUUGCAGCACUUAGUGAGAGUGGUAUCUGCCCAAAUGACCUAUUUGACUUUGAUUGUCAGGACAGUGUCCAGUCCCCUGCUUCUCAACAGUCAGUCUCAAAAAAUGCUCUUGACAUUGGCUUGGGCAGUGAGUCUGCUGGAAUCGUUAGGAUAGAACCCGCUGUGCCACCUACACCCACUGUCACAAUCAGACAGAAGCCUCAGCCGUCAACCACCACAUUUGUCUUAAAUCAACUGAAUCAAUUGCCAUCACUGGGAACCAUAGUUGUUACAAAACCCUCAGCAGGGACCACCUCGAGGCAGACCAUCACAGUAACCAAGGUGGUGCAAACAACAUCAACAGCCCAACGGAGCGCCUCCUCAUCCUCCCCUACUCCCACCGUUUGCACUGUGGUUUCAUCGAAUCAAGAGCAGGUCAAGCUGAAGGACCUACUCAGGACCAGUAACCUGAAGACAAACAGUCUUGGAGAGCUUAUGAAGUUGAAACCUCCGCCUGAUAUAGCUCAGCCUGUUGCUACAGCUACAGGCACAAAGAUUAUUUUGGUCACCACAAAGAUGAUGAAUAAACCAGCGGAGGUAAACAACGGCGUGAAGAAAGAGGUGUCAAGCAAAGAUGUUGCUAGAAUCUGGGUCAAUGAUGAAAUAAAAAUGCGGAGCUUUUCACCCGUAAAUAAAUUACCAGUAAUGAAGGAGGAAGAAGAACCAGAAGAGGAGGAAGAGGAGGAAUUGGGACAUGCAGAGACGUAUGCGGAAUACAUGCCAAUAAAAUUGAAGAUAGGAGAGCGCCAUCCUGACCCUGUGGUUGAGACCAGCUCCCUGUCAAGUGUCACCCCACCCAACGUGUGGUACAGACUUUCCAUUCCAGAGGAGACAAUCGACAGGGGCUGGCUAUCUGCUCUUCAGCUUGAGGCCAUCACAUACGCUUGUCAGCAACACGAGACAUUCCUUCCAAAUGCAGAUAGAGCAGCUUAUCUGAUUGGUGAUGGUGCUGGUGUUGGAAAGGGUAGAACCAUUGCUGGCAUUAUUUAUGAGAAUUACCUUCUUGGCAGGAAAAGAUCUCUCUGGUUUAGUGUCUCAAAUGAUUUGAAAUAUGAUGCAGAGAGGGAUUUGAGAGACAUUGGAGCAAAGAACAUUCAGGUCCAUUCAUUGAACAAGUUCAAAUAUGGGAAGAUCUCAUCCAAACACAAUGGAAGUGUGAAAAAAGGUGUGAUCUUUGCCACAUACUCCUCCUUGAUUGGAGAAAGCCAGUCUGGUGGAAAGUACAAAACAAGAUUCAAACAGUUGCUUCACUGGUGUGGGGAUGACUUUGAUGGGGUGAUAGUCUUUGAUGAGUGUCACAAAGCAAAAAAUGUGUGCCCUAUUGGGUCAUCAAAACCAACCAAGACUGGACUAGCGGUUCUUGAGCUCCAGAACAAACUGCCAAAAGCACGGGUUGUGUAUGCCAGUGCCACAGGAGCUUCUGAGCCUCGGAAUAUGGCUUACAUGAAUCGUCUUGGGAUUUGGGGGGAUGGAACUCCUUUUAAAGAGUUCACCAAUUUUAUUCAAGCUGUUGAAAGAAGAGGUGUUGGUGCCAUGGAGAUUGUUGCCAUGGAUAUGAAAUUGAGAGGCAUGUAUAUUGCUCGUCAACUGAGCUUCCAAGGGGUGACUUUUAAGAUUGAGGAAGUUCCACUGACUCAAGACUAUAUCAAAAUGUACAACAAGUCAGUCCGUCUGUGGGUGAGUGCAAGAGAGAAGUUUCAGCAAGCAGCUAAUUUGAUGGAUGCAGAGCAGCGCAUGAAAAAGUCAAUGUGGGGACAGUUUUGGUCUGCACAUCAAAGGUUCUUCAAGUACCUAUGUAUUGCCUCCAAAGUCAGGAGAGUGGUGCAGCUUGCCCGAGAGGAGGUUAAGAACGGAAAGUGCGUGGUCAUUGGCCUGCAGUCUACAGGGGAAGCUCGAACACUUGAAGCACUGGAAGAAGGAGGGGGAGAACUCAAUGAUUUUGUGUCCACUGCAAAGGGUGUCCUACAGUCACUGGUGGAAAAGCACUUCCCUGCUCCAGACAGACAGAAGCUCUUUAGUUUGCUGGGUAUAGACCUGUCUGCAAAGAAAACACCUUCGCCCGUAGAAACGGCAGCAGAGCAGAAGGGCAAGAAGCGCAAAGGUUCUGAGGUUAAAAAGGAAGUAAAAAAGGCCCGUAAAUCUGGAGGGCUUUCAGGCACCAGCUCAGAUGAGAGUAAUUCAGGAGAUUCGGAUGAGGAAGCUGAAAGCGAUGACAGCUUUAAGUCAGUCAGCUCAGAAGAUGAGGAUGACGAUGAAGACGACUACAACCCAUUCAAGGAUGAUUCCAGUGAGGAUGAGGAAGAUGAUCCUUGGCUAAUUCGAAAAGACUCUAAGAAGGGCAAGGUAAAGAAGAACAAGAAGAAGAAAAAGAGCAUAGACCCAGAUUCGAUUCAAAGUGCCUUGUUAGCCUCUGGGCUUGGUUCAACCAGGCCUGCUUUCACAACACCUGUUGUAAAGUCAGCAUCUAACACGAUUACUGCUGGUAGGUGGUCAGCUAAAAGUGAACCAGAGGAGAGUAGCUGCGUGACCAGCCAUGAUGCAGUGGAGGAUGCUCAGCAGAUGAAGAGAGAGCUGUUGGAGAAACUGGAAAAGCUGGCUGAGGAUCUGCCUCCAAACACACUGGAUGAACUUAUUGAUGAGUUAGGAGGGCCUGAAAAUGUAGCAGAGAUGACUGGGCGGAAAGGCAGAGUAGUCAGUAAUGACGAUGGCAGCAUUUCUUACGAAUCGAGAUCAGAACUGGACGUUCCUGUAGAAAUUUUGAAUCUCACAGAGAAGCAGAGGUUUAUGGAUGGAGAAAAGAACAUUGCCAUAAUCUCUGAGGCAGCCAGCUCUGGUAUUUCACUACAAGCAGAUCGUCGAGUAAAGAACCAGAGGAGAAGGGUGCAUAUGACUUUGGAACUGCCUUGGAGUGCAGACAGGGCUAUACAGCAGUUUGGUAGAACACACAGAUCAAACCAGGUCACAGCACCAGAAUAUGUGUUCCUUAUCUCAGAACUUGCUGGAGAACAAAGAUUUGCCUCUAUUGUUGCCAAAAGAUUAGAGAGCUUGGGUGCUCUCACCCAUGGAGACCGAAGAGCCACAGAGACUAGAGAUCUCAGUCGGUUCAACUUUGACAAUAAAUAUGGCAGAAAUGCUCUUGAAAUCGUUAUGAAGUCCAUUGUCAAUUUGGAUUCUCCAUUGGUCUCCCCACCCUAUGACUUUGAAGGAGAUUUCUUUAAAGAAAUCCGCAACGGUUUAAUUGGUGUGGGAUUGAUUAAUGUGGAAGAUAGAUCCGGUGUCCUCUCACUGGAUAAAGAUUACAACAACAUUGGAAAGUUCCUGAACCGUAUUCUUGGCAUGGAGGUCCAGCAACAGAAUGCCCUCUUCCAGUACUUCUCAGACACUUUGAAUGCUGUUGUUCAGAAUGCUAAAAAGAAUGGCAGAUACGACAUGGGAAUUCUGGAUUUGGGCUCUGGGGAUGAAAAGGUUAAAAAGGUUGAUGUAAAGAAGUUUUUGACGCCAGGAUAUUCCACAUCAGGACAUGUUGAACUUUAUACGGUGAGUGUAGAGAGGGGUAUGUCAUGGGAGGAUGCCACACACGUUUGGGCAGAACAAGAUGGACCAGACGAUGGGUUCUAUGUGCAGGUACGGAAUAACAAGAAAAUAGCCAUCUUGGUAAAAGAGGUCAACACCAAAAAGAGGCUCUUUAUGGUGUGCAGACCAAAUACAGGGAAACAGCUUAAACUAGAGACGUACGCAGACAUUCGAAAGAGAUGUAAAAAGGUCCUUUCAGACGAUGCUAAACAGCACUGGAUUGAUCAGUACAAGUCCUCAGCAGAUAUUUGCUCUCAUGCCUAUUGGCGUGGGAACUGCAAGAAAGCCUCAGUGGGACUGCAGUGUGAGAUAGGGCUACGUUGCAGGACAUACUACGUUCUUUGUGGCUCUGUCCUGAGUGUGUGGACCAAAGUGGAGGGAGUCUUGGCAUCUGUCAGCGGAAGCAAUGUGAAGAUGCAAAUAGUUCGUUUGAGAACCGAGGACGGACAGCGAAUAGUGGGUCUAAUAAUUCCAGCGAACUGUGUGGCUCCCCUGACCAACAUCCUGUCCUCGUCAGACCAAUCUCAGCAACUGGCAGUGCAGCAACAGCAGAUGUGGCAGCAGCUGCACCCACAGAGCAUCAGCCACACAGCCAACACCUAGCACGGCUCCUGGUUCCAGAGCAGACACAGGACCCCAGCUCUGCAUCACGAGCCAGCCUCCCCUCCUCUGCCUUCCUGCCGGCAUGCUACGAGGAAGAAUGCCCUUGCGUGGUAUUAAAUAAUUCAGGGUUCAUGUCCAAAGAUGGCUCAGUCCUGACAGAGGCUUGCUGGACUACUGACUCAAAAGCUGGAAGGCCUCCCAGGUUAGAGACGCAUUGGGAGAAGGGGAGAUAUUGGUUUAGGCUGCUCUGCCUUUUUAGGGCUUUCUACCACCAGUCUGCCUGCCUGUGUUCACCACUGAUGACAUGUUGUGUAAAGCAGGCUACAAAGUUACCCAUACUUCUUGUUUUUGCACAGGUCAGCGCUCAGGGGUUAAACUUCAUCAGUUUUUUCCCCUCCCUCAAAAUGUAAUGCAUGCUUUGCCUUAGGUUUGGAGUUCCAUCCCCCGCCCUGCACUGGUCUAACCACUAAAAGGGGUAUUCCAUUAUUUUUGCAUCAAGACUUGCUCUUCAUUUGUUUUUGUUGUGACUCUGUUCAGUAUGUAUUGUUGUUUUGGAGGUGGUAAUGGUGUAGAAAUAUAUCUACUUCUUGGAGACUUGGCCUGUGGCUCUAGCUUUAUUCGGUUUAAUUUAAAGAACCUCAUGUCCUCAGACUGUUGUGUAAUUGUGAUCAACAUAGUGAAUUUAUCACAGAUUCACUGUUUCCCUGUUUAGCUUACUUUCAGUUUUAAUUAUAGGGCAUCCCCAAGUUAUUUUACCUUGUCUAGCCAAGUUGAUAACAAUGUGCACCAUCACUUGGGCAGACCUAGUUGCUGAGCUGGUUUUACUUAUAGCCAAUUUUAGACUUCCAAUACUUACUGUGUCCGUUUGGAAUCAUGUCUGCACCAUGGGUCACCUCCAUGCACUUAAAACUAUCAAGAUGAACUGCAAACUCUUGAGUUUUAACACAUCUUGGUACAAAAAUGGUUGAAUAUCCCUGCAAUACACUCCCAAGGAAAAUGCUGGCCCAUCAGUGGGUGAUGAGUAAAAUAAUCUCUUCUAAAGACUUCUCGACUUCUGCCAUCAGGAACUGUGAUGCAUGGAUAAAUCAAUUACUUGGAUUUCUAUUUUUUCUAUGUAGGAAAGGAAUGAAGUCAAUGUCAGAAGGUUUUUUCCCUUUCUUUCUCCCUUUCGUUUUUCUGCUUUGCUGUUUUUAGUUUUACAUAUUUAAGCAAGGUGUUGACUGAACAACAUGAAGUGACAAACUGGAAUAUCCUCCACUCAGCAAUGCCCAGCUAUCAGUUGCUGCAUUUCCCAUUUCUUGCUUUAUAAUAUUUGCUGUCAUAUGAAAACAUUUAAUGUACCUGGGCCGAAGUUCCAUAAAGAACCCUCCUCGCCCCCACCUAAUUUUUUUUUCUGUAAAUGUUGACAGGGUAGGUGCAAAUGCUAGGUUUUCUCAUUACUAUAUCUGUGUAUAGUUGCAUAUCUAAAGUCAUGUUUUGCUUAAGGUAUAGAUGUUGAAACACUUUAAAGACAAUGUCAUUUCAUCCUUGCACGAGUUGCACUACUGAUGGAUCUGUUGUACAGAGAAACUGUGUACAUUGAGCUGAGUGCAAGAUCUCUACCUCUUGCAUAUGACCAAUAAAUCUUGUGGUUAACUUAAAA